GUAGAAUUUGGUAUAAAACACACCCGGGGAUGAGUAGAGUAAGCAAUACUGGCGAAUGAUCAGUUGAUAUAUGUCGACAUAGCUGUUUGACCGCUUGACAAGAUGAUUGUUGCUGCUCUAUUGCUGGUUGUGUUUCCGAGUGCCUUGGCGCUACCCGAGUAUGCGCACGGCUCCGUGACGCCUGGUGAUGGGGAAAUCGUCCCGAUGGGCAUCGAACUGCACAACAAGAGUAUGAUUACCUACCCAGGAACUCCCGACCCGCCUAUAGCCUGCUUCAAGAAGACGAUCAACUUCCAUGACUUCACAAAGGGCUUGGUGGCUAUGAAGGCAGUUGGGAAAGCAACGUGUUUUGUCAAAACAUCUGGCGAGACAUAUGACGAAAUGAAGAAGGUCGUAGAUCGUAUCAGAAAUGGAGAUAAAGCACCAAAGGUUCAAGUCACGGAAGAGUGGGCCGUUCCAAAAGCAGAAGUACCUACUGAAGAAGUCGUCCAGAGAGUAGGCGCAAAGAUCGCUAACUUCUGUAGCGGCUGCAGGGUGUAUGUCCUCCAAGAUGGCAAAGUGAUUCGGACUGCUGCAGAUGUUCCCAGAGUCACUAGACGGGGAAGAGCCAAAUCUCUAUCAAGCGUGUCUAAGCUGGCCAAGAGGGGAGGCUGGUGUCUGUUCUGUUUCUGGUGUGCUGCCGUCGGUAGAUAAUUACUGUACACACAGUCCAUCUUGUAAUAAAGCUUUAUUACAUGCCA